AUGAACUUCAAGUUCGCCAAAUAUCUUCAGGUAGUCACUUGGAUCUCCCGCGUAAUAGAUCGCAUCUGCUCAGCUGCUGGAUUGGACCCUCGUCUAACAGAGCAGCUCACUCAAGUUAUUCCGGGUUUCGUUGCUGUGCACAUAGAUAAUCUGGAACAAGUUCAUGCUGAAAGUAGAAAACUUGCUCCUCCACCUAAGUCUAAACUACUUACACCUGUACUACUUACACCAUGCGAACGCAUCAUUGUUGGAGGUUUGCGGUGCGUGCUUCUUCCAGAAGGACGCCCUGCUAAUACAGAAAAUCCCGAUAACAAUGUGAAUCUCCUUCCUGCUGAGGGAGCAUUGUUCCUUACGAACUACCGUAUUAUUUUCAAAGGACGACCAACAAAUCCUUUCCUCACGGAUAUGGUGGUAGUUCGAUCAGUUCCUGUGAUGACUUUGACCAAGGAGAAGUCUAUCGGUGAUCAAAGCCUUCAGGCUGCUGGACAGUUGCAUGGAAUAUCGUCGAAGAUAGCCAGUGGCCUGCAUGAUGGACUUCAAAUGCGAACUGCAUGCUUUCAACUGCUCAAGGUCGCCUUUGAUGAAGAGGUUACUGGCGAUGAAGUGGAAGCAUUCACAAAGUCACUGUCAAGCCAGAGGUGGCCAAGCGUUCUACCUCAUACUCUCUUUGCUUAUAACACUGUUAGUCAUCUCCUCACUUCCACGUUACCAAGUGGUCCAAAAAGCAAGUACAGUACCAUUAGAGAACUGAAGAAAACGAUUGCACGAUUUCCAAAAAUUUGGGCGUUUGUUCAAGUAACUACUGAUUUUUUGUAA